GUUGUUGUCGUGAGUUGGGAAAGUUCGUUUUCAACAAAAAAAAAAAAAAAAUGUAUCAUCAAAAUAAUUCUAAGAAUUCUGGUGUAGUGCUCGAUGUUAUGCCUCAGCAUUACAGCAUUCAUCAUAGUCAGAGCAGUCCGUCGCAAUCGCCUAAUCAACUAUACAAGGAUCCGUCUAGUCCUAACGCGGAAUUGAAGGCUGCCACUUCGACGAGUCCUCCAUGUGUAAACGACCCCAAUAUAAGAAGGUACAGGACCGCUUUCACCAGGGAACAACUGGCUAGGUUGGAAAAAGAAUUUUAUAAAGAAAAUUAUGUUUCUAGACCUAGGAGGUGCGAGUUGGCUGCUCAAUUGAACUUGCCCGAAAGUACGAUCAAGGUCUGGUUUCAAAACAGAAGAAUGAAAGACAAACGUCAAAGGAUGGCUAUAGCGUGGCCGUACGCGGCGGUUUACACGGAUCCGGCGUUCGCGGCGUCCCUUCUACAAGCCGCCGCCUCAACUCUGCCUCUGCAUUACCCGCCGCCGCCUCCCCUUUACACCCCGCAUUAUCCCCGGUAUCCCCAUUAUCCCGGUUUCGGUGUGCCGACUUUAACCAAUCACCACGUGCAACAAAAUAUGGGUUUAGCCGCUUCUCCGAUCGCCCCCGGUAUACAUCAACCGGCGGGUUUGAAUUUGAAUUUAAAUUUCGAUUUUCCUCACGCUUAUCAACGGGAACAGCCCAAAAUGUCGCCCGAUUCGCCGGUGCGUUCGGAAAUUAGUCUGAGUCCUCCUAUACAAGAUGGCGGACUACUUAUAGCCGCGUCGAAAAUUUCUCCCGCGACUCAAGUGAACGAGAAACCGAAACUGUUUAAACCUUACAAAUCAGAAUUGUGAAUAACUUUUUUUUUUUGGAUUUUUUUAUGCGGAUUUCGUUUGGUACUAGAUACGGGGUUUUCCGUUUAAUAAAAUUUGAGGUAGCUGUCGAAAAUACCCUGUAUAUAACGUGGUUUAUAGACGCGCGAUAUUUAAUUUGUGUACAGGAUGUUUAAAAUAAAUGUGAUGUAAAUAAUUUGUAUAUAGAUGUUUUUGCUGGAUUAAUAAUAAUUUUUUUCUUUUAAAUUCGUAAGAAAUUUAUAAUUUCCGGUUGAAAGUGGAAUUUUUUUAAAUAUUCCAUAUACUUGGAUAUAUAGGGUGUUUUUUUUUUAAAUGAGAAAAUUUCGUACGAGAAUUACUUUUCAAGUUUCUACAAUUGAACAAUAGGUGGCGUUGAUGAGUUGUGGUACCACUGUAUUUGUAAAUAUUGACGUUUGUUAUGACGAAACACAUCAUCAUUACAGUUGAUGACUGUAUACAAUUGGUUUGCAGAAUUUUGUUAUAUAGUACAGUUAUUUUAGAUUUUAUUUUCGUUCUACUAAGAAAACUGUUGAUUUUACAGAAAAAUGCACAGACAUUUUUUGUAGAUAAUUUGACAAGGAACAAUUUUCAUAAUAACCGCCAUUGACCUCCGAGCAACAGAUCGCGAGAUAUUUGCGAAAAACUGAUUUUCGUGACCUUUUGAACUCUAUAACUUUUUUAACCGACACUAUAUCCAUCGGAAUUUUUCACAUAAUCAUUGCAACACCGUAAUAAAGAUUUAUGCAAAAUUUCAGCUCACUAGGAUUUUUUUCGCAGAUUAGGAUUCAAAAUGCCUAAAAUGACUGGACUAAUAGUUAUGCUUGCGUGGAAAUCGGCUUACGCUGGUUGAUUUUUUAUGAUUUUCAAAACUUAAUCAACGCUUUUUGCAACUUCUAGCAAUGAAGCAACGUCGCAGUUGAUGACUGCAUACCAGUGGUGUCGUUUCGUCAUAUAGUCCAGUCAUUUUAGCUUUUAUUUUCGUUCUACUAAGAAAACGGUUGAUUUUACAGAAAAAUGCAUAAGACAUUUUUUGUAGAAAAUGUUACAAAGAACAAUUUUUAUAAUAACCGCUAUUAACCUCCGAGCAACAGAUCACGAGAUAUUUGCGAAAAACUGAUUUUCGUGACCUUUUGAACUCUAUAACUUUUUUAACCGACACUAUAUCCAUCGGAAUUUUUCACAUAAUCAUUGCAACACCGUAAUGAAGAUGUAUACAAAAUUUCAGCUCACUAGGAUUUUUUUCGCAGAUUAGGAUUCAAAAUGCCUAAAAUGACUGGACUAAUGGUUAUGCUUACGUGGAAAUCGGCUUACGUUGGUUGAUUUUUCUAUGAUUUUCAAAACUUAAUCACCGCUUUUUGCAACUUCUAGCAAUGAAGCAGCGUCGCAGUUGAUGACUGCAUACCAGUGGUGUCCAGUUUCGUCAUAUAGUCCAGUCAUUUUAGCUUUUAUUUGCGUUCUACUACGAAAACGGUUGAUUUUACAGAAAAAUGCAUAAGACAUUUUUUGUAGAUAAUGUUACAAGGAACAAUUUUUAUAAUAAUCACUAUUGACCUCCGAGCAACAGAUCGCGAGAUAUUUGCGAAAAACUGAUUUUCGUGACCUUUUAACCUAAAAACAUCGAUGUCUGCAACCGAUUUAUCGUCUAACUACUUUUUCUUUUUGAAUUUUUACGUCAUCAGCGAAUGAAAAAAAUAAGUUCGAUUAUUUUGGAAACACUUUGAUUCAAUUGACUUUUUGUAGAAACUUAAAAGGUAACCCUCGUAUAUCUAGAUUAAAAAAUUUCUAUGCUGGCGAGGAAAUUUGUCUUUUGUUGUUAAGUUAAAAUGACAGUCAUUUUCGAAAACAUAUUUAUUGUUGUUCAGAGUAGUUUAUACAUUGAAUACCGCCAAAGAUGUUGAUUAUUUUUUUUGUAUAUACCUUUGAUUUGAUAGAAAGUUUAUUUGUAAAUAUUGUUGUUAUUUUUUUAAUAAAUUACUUUAAUU